CUUUAAUUCCUGGCCAAUGAAUCCGAUAGGAUAAGAAGUGAUAGGGGUAUUAAUCUAAAUUGAUUUUCUCAACUGUGAAGCAAUUCACAGAUCGCUCCUGGAAAUGAAGCUUAGCUCAGUUGCAGUUUCCUUUGCUUUUAUUACUCUCCUCAUAUUUGCAUGGAGGUUAUUGAAUUGGGUGUGGUUGAGACCAAAGAAGCUAGAGAGAUGCCUUAGGAAGCAAGGUCUGACUGGAAAUUCCUACAGGUUGUUGCAUGGGGAUUUUAGAGAGAUGUCGAGGAUGAAUAACGAAGCAAAUUCCGGACCCAUCAGCUUCUCUGAUGAUAUUGUGAAGCGAGUUCUACCAUUUUUUAAUCAUUCCAUCCAGAAAUAUGGUAAAAAUAGUUUUACAUGGUUGGGCCCAAAACCAGUAGUAAAUAUUAUGGAGCCUGAGCUGAUAAGGGAUGUUCUCUUAAAGCACAAUGUCUUUCAAAAACCACCGCCGCACCCUCUCGGCAAGCUGCUGGCUACUGGUGUUGUUGCAUUGGAAGGUGAACAAUGGACUAAACGUAGAAAGAUCAUAAACCCAGCUUUCCAUCUAGAGAAGUUGAAGCACAUGGUAUCGGCAUUCCAAUUGAGUUGUAGUGAUAUGGUCAAUAAAUGGGAGAAGAAGCUCUCCAUGGACGACUCAUGUGAAUUGGACAUUUGGCCCUAUCUUCAAAUUUUGACGGGAGAUGUUAUUUCAAGAACAGCAUUUGGUAGUAGCUACGAGGAAGGAAGAAGGAUAUUCCAACUCCAGAAAGAGCAAGCACAUCUUGUAGCCCAGGUUACUCAGUCAGUUUAUGUUCCAGGAUGGAGGUUUGUUCCAACAAAGACAAACAAGAGAAUGAGGCAAAUUAGCAAUGAAGUCAAUGCAUUGUUAAAAGGCAGCAUUGAGAGAAGAGAGAAGGCAAUGAAGGUUGGCGAAAUGCGAGAACAUGAUGAAAGGAAGAAUGUUGGAAUGAGUAACAAGGAUGUCAUCAAGGAGUGUAAGCUUUUCUACUUCGCUGGCCAAGAGACUACCUCGGUUUUACUUCUGUGGACAAUGGUUCCAUUAAGCAAGCAUUCAAACUGGCAAGGUCGUGCAAGAGAAGAGGUUUUACAAGUUUUUGGCAAUAAAAAACCAGAUGGUGAUGGUUUAAAUCACCUUAAAAUUGUUACAAUGAUUUUUCAUGAGGUCCUUAGGUUAUAUCCACCAGCAUCCAUGAUUGUUUAUGCUGACACCGAAGUGGGAGGAAUGUAUUUACCAGACGGAGUGCAGGUCUCAUUGCCAAUCCUCCUAGUUCAUCAUGACCAUGAAAUUUGGGGAGACGACGCAAAAGAUUUCAACCCGGAGAGAUUUUCUGAAGGAGUUUCUAAGGCAACAAAGGGCCAAUUUGCCUUCUUUCCAUUUGGUUAUGGUCCUCGGGUGUGCAUUGGACAAAAUUUUGCAAUGAUGGGCAAAAUGGCUUUGGCAAUGAUCGUACAACGUUUCUCAUUUGAACUUUCCCCAUCUUAUGCUCAUGCACCUUUUAGUGUUAUAACUAUACAACCCCAAUAUGGUGCACACCUGAUUUUGCAUGGACUUUAGUCUCAGUGUUCCUGGUAUCAAUAGUUGUUAAUUAGCAAGACCUUUGAACCUAGCUAGUGUCGAAUUUAAAUUGUCCACACUCACUUUCCUUGAAAAGUGUCCUCUAUAAAUCCAAUGUAUUAAUAAAAUUCUCUUUUUGUAUGUGACUCUGGGUUUGAUUAUUGAUAUCGAUGAAAUACUUUGUUUAUUAUAA